AUGGUGCCAAUCUCAGCCGAGUUUGCCGUUGGGAGAAAUGGCAACAAAACUACAUCUGGUUCCAUCCCACCAUGGCUUCAGGGGGCACUUUUGCGCAAUGGCCCUGGUCGGUUCUCAGUUGGAGACGCUUCAUACAAGCACUGGUUUGAUGGAAUGGCAUUCAUCCACAGUUUCACCUUUAAUUCAGGUGAUGUAUUUUAUAGGAGUAAAUUCUUCAAGAAUGAAACAUACAAAAAGAACGCAGUUGCCAACAGAAUUGUUGUGUCUGAAUUUGGAUCCAUGGUCUUCCCAGAUCCUUGCAAGAAUAUUUUUGCAAAAACCUUCAGUCAUCUGCAGAACACCUUCCCAGAUUUCACCGAUAAUAAUCUCAUUAACAUCAUAAGAUAUGUUGCGGCUUAUUACGCAUCAUCAGAGGUGAAAUGCAUCAACCAGAUUGACACAAUAACUCUUGACACAUUAGGAAGAACUAACUACAGAAACCAUAUCGCCUUGAACGUAGCAACUGCACAUCCUCACUACGAUGCCGAUGGGAACACGCACAACAUGGGCACUGCCAUUAUGAGCUUCGGCAGACCAAAAUAUGUUAUUUUUAAGGUGCCUGCCAGUGCCUCAGAUAAAGGGAAGAAGCCAGCCCUGAGUGAGGUGGAGCAAAUUUGCUCCAUUCCUACAAAUGUUAUAAAUAAAUGUAUGAAUGUGAUCCAUCUGGUCAAUAGGAAAACUGGGAAAACUGUGAGCACAAUGUACAUUACAGAUGCAUUUGCGGUAUUCCAUCACAUCAAUGCCUAUGAGGAGGAUGGCCAUGUUGUCUUUGACUUGAUCACAUACCAGGACAGCAAUCUGUACGAUAUGUUUUAUUUAAAAAACAUGAAGCAAGAUGUUGACAAGUUCAUGUAUACAAACAAGGACUACUCUCAACCAACGUGCCAGUGGUUUGUCCUCCCUGUCAAUAUAGGGAAGGUAAAAAAUGGCAUAUAA